AUGGGCACAGGGUGGGUGCAGAGAAAGCGAUUGUGCUUCGCAGUUAGCAGGAGUAGAAAGCUGAUCGCCCGGCUCCUGCCAGUGGCCAGAUCGCAAAGGCAGUUUAGACGGUGCAAACAACUGCCCAGAGCAAAUCACCUGGGGGCACGUCUGCGGGUGGCUUCUCCCCGCUUGAGGACAGUCCCCACGCCUUCCGCCCCAUGCCCUCGCAGAGACAGGUUACAGGUCGGGAAAUCCAACCCGAGCGAAAUGGGCAAUUCACGUCCAAAUGUAGGUGAAGACCUAGCCUUCGGUUUAAGAACUGCCUCCCUAAGCUCUUCUCGAAAUUUUCCAAGGCAGCUGCAGCUUGUGGCUCUCACAGGAGCCCGGCACUUUUACAAGCCUGUUUUGGAACCAUAUUUCACUCGAAUGCAAACCCAUUUAAAUCAUCGCCUUGUUUUUCGGAGACUGUUUCUUCUAAAUGGGGCCAUAAAUCCAGAAUGUCAAGCCGGAUGGAGUGGAGCGCGGACAGGGGAGAGAUGGAAGGGAAAUGAAUCAAGCAGGGAAAGUACCUCCUCGGCGCGGGGAGCUACGGCGCGCUCUGCCCCGGAGGGAGCGCCCCCCUACCUGGAAAAGCCUCAGGAUGUUGGCUACCAUGCUGGAGACCGAACUCCCCGAAGCCCCAAUCACUCCAACUACUUUCUCGGGCUUGACGAAAACCGGAGGCUCGCCGUUGGUGCAGCGCACUUCGGAGGUGUCCUUCUGGAUGAGCGCCUGGACGAAAGUGAGCGACUGUUCGAGCGCAUAAGUGUCCCUGGAACGAGUGUCCAGGAUCCGCGCUCCCAGCGUCACGUUGGGCAGCAGGUUGGGAUCGCUGUUGAUCUGGUCCAGGGCGUAGAGCAUCGCUUCCAGCCUGUGGAUCCCGUUCUCCCUCUUGAUGUCGCCGCAGGGCACUCCGCUGGGACCCUUCGCGUGCACCGGGAACAGCCCCCCGAGGGUGACGUCCCCCUCGAUCCGAAUGGAGUGCGGGGCGUACAUCUCCUGGCCGCGCGCCGCCGCCGCCGCCAGCGCGCACAGAAGCACCUCCAGCACGCAGCAGGGAAACUUCAUCAAAGUCAGGGCGCGGAGCAGCUUCCCCAGCUGGACCGUGCUGCUCCCGCGGCUGCGGCGGUGGCGGCGGCACUGGAGGGGACGGUGGCGGGCCCGCGGGAGUCCUGGCCCCUUGGGGUGAGCUCCUCCGGUGAAGCCCAGGGUCUCCUGCGGGCGAGGAGGGUAGGGGCGCCCGGGGAAGGGCAGCCGGCGAGGGUGGGGGGUCCCGCGGCGCCUGCCAGCUUGGGGCGCCGUGCGCUCUCGGGUUCCCCGGCCAGCGCGCCGCGCUCGAGCUCGCGCUCGGUGGCUUGCAGCUCGAGCUCUCCAACAGCCCAGCACUGGGGAGAGAGCGAGGAUGGCUAUCGCUUUAAAUGCGCGUUCGGCUCCCUCUCCUCCUCCGCCCACUCCCUCCCACCCUCGCUCGCUCUCAGGCUCUCCCCACCCUUCCCAGCGCCCACCCUCCCCACGGUUUUGCAACAUCACGCAGGGAGGGGCUGCGUGCUGAGGGGUUACUGUGGCCGGAGCCGGAUGAAGUAACCCUGGUCUCCAGUAAAUCUGUGGCGGAUUCGCUCCUUUUCUUCCUUUCAUCGCAAGAGAUGGAACAACUGAGAACUCUGCAGAGCGCACUUUCUUCUCUGGCGCUGACAGGUGUAAGGCUCCCUCCUACCCAUUUCCAGAGAUGCUUUUGGGCUGAUGUCAGGUUUCCUCGGGCAGGAAAUAGCAAGAAAGAGGUGACAGUAGGAGGAGCAGACAGAAAUCUCCCCAUCG